AUUACUCUCAACGAUGAGGUUAGAUGCUACAGAUUUGAGAUAUAUAACAAAUGAUGAGUUCAGAGUAUUGACUGCCUGCGAAAUGGGCUCAAAGAAUCACGAAGUCGUACCGUCUUCUCUCAUCAAUCAGAUUUCUGGCCUUAGAGCGGGUGGUGCUAAUAAAAUGCUUGGUGUUUUAGCCAAGCGUAACCUCGUAGCUCGAGUCCAAAACGCAAAAUAUGAUGGAUACAGACUCACGUACGGUGGAUACGACUAUUUGGCAUUACGCGCGAUGAGCAAGCGUGACACAGUCUACUCAGUUGGUAAUCAGAUCGGUGUUGGUAAGGAGUCAGAUAUCUACGUCGUUGCGAACCAAGAUGGUGAACAACGCGUCUUAAAGCUUCAUAGACUUGGUCGUGUCUCAUUUAGAGCAAUCAAAAAUAAGAGAGAUUACCUCGGUAAACGUAAAUCAGCAUCCUGGAUGUAUAUGUCCAGACUGUCAGCCCAGAAGGAAUACGCUUUUAUGCAGGUCCUCCACAAGCAUGGAUUCCCCGUCCCUACUCCAAUUGAUCAAGCACGACACACCGUUCUGAUGUCUCUUGAAGAUGCCCUUCCCUUACGCUCUAUAGCUGAAGUAGAGGAUCCUGCAAAACUCUGCUCGCAGUUGUUCGACCUCAUCGUUAAAUUGGCAGAAGCGGGUUUAGUACAUGGUGAUUUCAACGAGUUUAAUAUCUUGAUCAGAUCCGAGGAUGAGCAACCGGUUCUUAUCGAUUUCCCUCAAAUGGUCUCAGUCAGUCAUCCAAAUGCAGAAGAAUACUUUGAUCGGGAUGUACAUUGUAUUCUCAAGUUCUUCGACAAGAGGUUCAGAUAUCAGCCUGAUUCUUGGCCAGAAUUUGAGGAUGUUGUCGAUAAAAGUCAAGUAAAACUCCUUUCAGAGGUGAUGUCCAACGGAUUUGGUGCCAAAGAGCAGUCGAUGUUAGAUCAAUACACUGAAGAUAUCGCUGAGGAAGAAGAAGGUAGCGACAACGAGGACGAUGAUGAUGAGGAAGACAGCAACGAAGAGGAGAACGAAGAAGACGAAGACGAUGAGAGUUCGAGCGAAGAUGAAGAUGAAGAUCAAUCCGACGAGUCAGAGACGGUAGAUGACGGCGUGAAGAAGACCACGAACCUCAUGAAAUCUAUGAAAGUCGAUAGCCGGAGGAAGAACCGCGAAAGGAACGCGGACGAUGAGAGUACGAUGGCUGAGAAAGUUGCCCUCGAUCUGCACAAGCAGUCGGCGCGCACAGCUCGCAAACAUCACGGUCGAAAAUCUACUAGAGAAGCUGGUAAAGCUAAAGGUCACAAGUGGAAGAACAAUGCUAAAAUAAACGUCGACAAUGACUGGUAA